AUGUCAGCUCAAACCCCCUUCGGAGCCCCCAUGAGGAAACAUUUCCUCGUGGAUCCUGGGUUCUUGAAUCUCAACCAUGGCUCCUUUGGAACACACCCAGAAGCGGUUCGAACUGUUCUGCGCCAGUACCAAGAUGAGAUUGAAGCCCGCCCAGACCCAUUCAUUCGGUAUCGCACACCAGAACUGCUUGAUGCAUCCCGCGCAGCCGUCGCAAAGAUGCUCAAUGUCUCCCGCAAAGAGUGUGUGUUCGUCAAGAACGCCACUACUGGGGUGAACACUAUCCUCCGGAACAUUCCCUUCCAGCCGGGCGAUGUUAUAGUCUACUUUGACACCGUUUACGGCGCUGUUGAAAAGGGAAUUAUCUCCCUCAUGGAGUCGACGCCCCUCCAGGCCCGGAAGGUUGAGUAUGAGUGCCCCAUAAGCCAUGAUGACCUGGUAUCGCGGUUCCAGGAUGUUGUGCGCGCGACAAGGGCCGAGGGAUUGAAUGUGAAAAUUGCACUGUUCGACGUGAUCACCAGCAUGCCGGCAAUGCGAUUUCCGUUUGAACGACUGACUGAGAUAUGCCGGGAAGAAGGCAUCCUCAGUCUCAUUGACGGUGCUCAUGGGGUUGGCCAAAUCCCUCUGGAUCUUGGGAAACUGCAGCCUGAUUUCUUUGCCAGCAACUGCCACAAGUGGCUUUUUGUCCCUCGAAGCUGUUGCGUCCUCUACGUCGCCAAACGCAGCCAACAUCUUAUCCGGACUACUAUCCCCACGUCCUGGGGGUUCAUCCCUCCUCCGGAUGCCCCCGAGACUGCUCCGUCGGUGAUUAAAGACGAGGACCCAACCAAAACUGCAUUCGAGAGCCUAUUUGAAUUCGUCGCCACAAAUGACGAUACGCCGUAUUUCUGUGUCCCAGCGGCAUUGAAGUUUCGCAACGAAGUCUGCGGUGGGGAAGACCGUAUCUAUACUUACCUGGAAACUUUGGCGAAUGAGGCGGGAGACGUCGUGGCUGGUAUCCUAGGGACAGAUGUCUUGCAGGAACCCAACCUGGCACCAGGGACACAAAGCCAACUUCGACGAUGCGCCAUGUCCACUGUCCGGCUGCCUAUUGCUGUUGGACAAUCGGAAACGAGCGAGAAGGCCUGUGCCGUGGUGCAGGAAGACCAAGUUGGCUCGGUAGUGAGCUGGUUCCAGACUACUCUCACCAACAAGUAUAGCACGUUCGUGCCGGUCUUUGCGCAUGGAGGCUGGAUGUGGACGAGACUUAGUGCACAAGUGUACCUGGACAGGCAGGAUUUUGAGUGGCUUGCUGGGGUUUUGAAGGACAUGUGCGGUGAUAUUAAGGAAACGGGGCUGGUGAUAAGCAAUUGA